AUGCAACUGAUGCCGUCCACCAGAACUACAUUGACCAGAGUUCCAUCUCUUCCAUUUCUGAGAGUUCCACCACUUCCAUCCCCCAGAAUUCCAUCUCUUCCAUUUCUGAGAGUUCCGCCACUUCCAUCUCCCAAAAUUCCAUCUCUUCCAUUUCUGAGAGUUCUACCACUUGUAUCCCUGAAAAUUCCAUUUCUGAGAGUUCCGCCACUUCCAUUCCCCAAAAUUCCAUCUCUUCCAUUUCUGAGAGUUCUACCACUUCUAUCCCUGAAAAUUCCAUUUCUGAGAGUUCCGCCACUUCCAUCUCCCAAAAUUCCAUCUCUCCCAUUUCUGAGAGUUCUACCACUUCUAUCCCUGAAAAUUCCAUUUCUGAGAGUUCCGCCACUUCCAUCUCCCAAAAUUCCAUCUCUCCCAUUUCUGAGAGUUCUACCACUUCUAUCCCUGAAAAUUCCAUUUCUGAGAGUUCCGCCACUUCCAUUCCCCAAAAUUCCAUCUCUUCCAUUUCUGAGAGUUCUACUACUUCUAUCCCUGAAAAUUCCAUUUCUGAGAGUUCCGCCACUUCCAUCUCCCAAAAUUCCAUCUCUCCCAUUUCUGAGAGUUCUACCACUUCUAUCCCUGAAAAUUCCAUUUCUGAGAGUUCCGCCACUUCCAUCUCCCAAAAUUCCAUCUCUCCCAUUUCUGAGAGUUCUACCACUUCUAUCCCUGAAAAUUCCAUUUCUGAGAGUUCCGCCACUUCCAUCCCCCAAAAUUCCAUCUCUCCCAUUUCUGAGAGUUCUACCACUUCCAUCCCCCAAAAUUCCAUCUCUUCCAUUUCUUCCAACCCCCAGAGUUCCACCUCUAUCACCCUUGAUGGUUUCACCUCAAGCAAUACCUCAAACUCAAAUUCUACCUUUACCCUUGAACGUUCCUCCACUCCACCUUACAUUAAAUCUACUGAGGCAGAAGAUUCACAAAGCAGCACUGCAAAUAACAGAAACAUGUCUGCCAGCAGCAGUGAUAUAGUCAACACUGACCCCUCCAGUGCCAUGACAGAUUGCUGCAAAUCCAUUUCAGUUUCAUCCAUGCCUGAUGUGAGCUCUGUGUCCUACUCCAGAAUUUCAGAAAACAGUUUGGAUGCUGAUACUGAUAUAAAGCC